GCCAUUUUUUUGGUCUUCCGCUUUGUUUCCUAGCCAAGGGAAGUUCUCGCGCCGCCCGAGGAGACAGCGCCGCUCGCCAUCUUGCUUCGUCUCCGUUGCUCGUCUCCUGGCGGCGAUCGGGUUCUGUUGGCAGCGUGGGAGAGCGGAGAAGGGAACAGAAAUCUGCCUUUUACUUUCAACAGUUGGCCUCUUUGUCGUCGGUGGAAAGGUUGUUGGGAGCUCUGUUCCUUCUUGCGUAUUUUGGGGCUAACAGGGUUACGGACGACUGGUAGCUGGGAAAAGCUUCCCUUUUGUUCUGGAGAGAGAGUGGCUUAGAUGAUGGAGUAUGAGAAUACCUCCGUCAGGACCAUCUCUAAUUCCGGUUCCGGUGGAGCUAGCGUCGAUGCGCCGCCGUCAACGGGGCAGCCUCCGCAGAUUCCGGUUAAGAAGAAGAGAAACCUACCCGGAACACCAGAUCCGGAGGCGGAGGUGAUCGCGCUCUCCCCGAAGACACUGCUGGCGACAAAUCGAUUUGUGUGUGAGAUUUGCAACAAGGGAUUCCAGCGGGAUCAAAACCUCCAACUGCACCGGAGAGGGCAUAAUUUACCAUGGAAACUGCGGCAGAGGACGGGGAAGGAAGUGCGGAAGAGGGUUUAUGUCUGCCCGGAACCGAGCUGCAUUCACCACGAUCCGUCGAGGGCGCUCGGCGAUCUCACCGGCAUCAAGAAGCACUUUUGCCGGAAGCAUGGUGAGAAGAAGUGGAAGUGCGAUAAGUGCUCUAAGAAGUAUGCCGUGCAGUCGGACUGGAAGGCCCACUCCAAGGUCUGCGGCACACGCGAAUACCGCUGCGACUGCGGCACCAUCUUCUCACGGAGAGAUAGCUUCAUAACCCACAGAGCCUUUUGCGACGCUCUAGCUGAGGAAAGAGCUAAAACAGGAACAGCUACUCUGACGAUGAAUGCGAAUCCUGAUGUAGAUGAUGGAAAGGUGACGGAAUCUAUAAAAGCAAAAGUGGCGGUGGCGGCAGCUCUGGAGACAGCUUCUGCGGCAGCAGUCGAGACUGCAUCGCCGCUGGAUCGGCAAGAUCCAGAGAAGUCGACCGGGCUUCUGCAAUACGUGCCACCACCUUCGUCGACGCUGGCGAACACCAGCGUCGCGGCCGCUUCCUCCUCCUCUGCCACCACCAGCAGCAACAGUGGCGGCAGCAGCAGCAACAACACCAGCAUGUUCGCGAACCUCUUCGCCUCGGUGUCCGGAGCCACCACCGCAUCUCACUGCAGCGCCACCUUCUCGGACCUGAUGGGCGCCAUGGCCGGUCACUCCGACCGCCCACUCGGGGAACCGCCCUCCCUUUGUCUGGCCACAAACGGAGGGCUUCCCUCCUCUUUGUUCCCGCCGCACGGUCGAUCGCACGACCGGCAUCCGUUCGCCCCAUCGCCGGCCUCCUCGCACAUGUCCGCUACGGCAUUGCUGCAGAAGGCAGCUCAGAUGGGCGCUGUGGCGACCGGUUCAUCCUUUCUCAGAGGGUUCGGCCUCGACGCUCCCUCGGGGCAGCAGGAGAUCAGUAUCGUCCGUGACAGCACUCUGCAGUGGGGGCACCAGCGGCAGCAACUGCUUCAGCCAGAGCCGGUGCCUAUGCUGUCUUCCGGGCUCGGCCUCGGACUCCCUUACGAAGAGGACUUGAUGAUGGGCUCUUCCCCUCUGUACGGGGCCAAGCCGGCCACACUGGAUUUCCUCGGACUUGGAAUGGGGCCGGUUGGUGGCGGUCCGAAUGGAGAACUAUCGGCGUUAUUGUCUUCGUCAAUUGGUGGAAGCCGUCUCGAUAUCGGACCAGGAGCAGCUGUCGCCGGAGGACGAAAAGUUGUGCCGAAAUCUACAAGUCCAGCAAAUCCGUAGAAAAAAGAAGAAGAGGAAGGCAUGUCUCAGUUUUCCCUUCGUUAUGUUUAGCUGUAGAAACAAUGUUCUAGUGUUCUUUGGUCAAUUAGAAAAUAGGCAGGAGCUGAGCUAUUCAUAUAUUUCCAGGUCUCUUCUGUUUUUUCCUCCUUGCUUCUUCGAUUUCUUGUUUGUUUUGUCAAAGUGGAAAAACAUCUGAUGUUACGGGGAAGACACAGACGUACAUAUUGUUCAUGGUUCUUUGAUAAUGAGUUUCAAGUAAUUAAUUAGUACCCAAA